AUGGCGUCCCGAACCCUCCUCCUACUGCUCUCGGGGACCCUGGCCCUGACCGAGACCUGGGAGGGUUCCCACUCCAUGAGGUAUUUCAGCACCGCCUUGUCCCGGCCCGGCCGCGGGGGGCACCGCUUCAUCGCCGUGGGCUACGUGGACGACACGCAGUUCCUGCGGUUCGACAGCGACGCGGCGAGUCCGAGGAUGGAGCCGCGGGCGCCGUGGGUGGAGCAGGAGCGGCCGGAGUAUUGGGAAGAGGAGACACGGAACACCAAGGCCCACGCACAGACUGACAGAGUGAACCUGCGGACCCUGCUCGGCUACUACAACCAGAGCGAGGCCGGGUCUCACACCUUCCAGAUAAAGGAUGGCUGAGACUUGGGGCUGGAGGGGCUCCUCCUCCGCGGUUAUGAACAGCACACCAAAGAUGGCAAGGAUUACAUCGCACUGAACGGGGACCUGCGCUCCUGGACCACAGCAGACACGGCUGCUCAGAUCACCAAGCGCAAGUGGGAGGCAGGGGAAUUUGCAAAGCAGGUCAGGGCCUACCUGGAGGGCCGGUGCGUGGGGUGGCUCCGCAGACACCAGGAAAACAGGAAGGAGACGCUGCAGCGUGCGGACCCGCCCCGCAAGACACAUGUGACCCAUCAUCCUGUCUCUGACUAUAAGGCCACCCUGAGGUGCUCCCUGGGCUUCUACCCUGUGAAGAUCACACUGACCUGGCAGCGGGAUGGGGAGGACCAGACUCAGGACAUGGAGCUUGUAGAGACCAGGCCCGCAGGGAAUGGAACCUUCCAGAAGUGGGCAGCUGUGGUGGUGCCUUCUGGAGAGGAACAGAGAUAUAUGUGCCAUGUACAGCAUGAAGCAUUGCUCGAGCCCCUCACCCUGAGAUGUAGUAAGUCUUCUCAGCCCACCAUCCCCAUCGUGGGCAUCAUUGCUGGCCUGGUUCUCCUUGGAGCUGUAGUCACUGGAGCUGGGGUCCCUGCUGUGAUGUGGAGGAAGAAGAGCUCAAAUAGAAACAGAGUGAUCUACUCUCAAGCUGCACGCAGCAACUGUGCCCAGUGUUCUGAUGUGUCUCUCAUGGCUUGUAAAAAUGAGACCCUGGGGGGCCUGAUGUAUGUGGGGUGUUCAGGGGAACAGUGGAUGCAGCUGUGCUAUGGGGUUUCUUCGAGUUGGAUGUAUUGAGCAUGCGAUGGGCUGUUUAAAGUGUUACCCCUUACUAUGACAGAUAGAAAUUUCUCCAUUAAUAUUUUUUUUAUAGUGU